CUUCGACGUGCCGCGAGUCGUUCCGCAUAUCCACAUUCCACCAUUCAAUACCUCGAGACGGACGAAAUGGCGCGCAGCAAGCUCAAGACAGCACUCGACAAUUACAGGGGCCGAGACAUCAAGCUCGAGAAGCAGCGCAAGAAAGAGAAGGAGGCUAGGAAACGGAGGGAGGGGAAUAAGCCGCACAACGGGGACAACGAGGAGGAGGAUGCAGGAGUGGAAUUGGAUGGAAAGGCGGCUGCGAAUGUCAAUGGCAAGCCGAAGAAGGGCAAAGCUAAUGGCGUAAAAGCUCCAGCGCCAGCAGACGAACCGGAAUGGGAGACGGAAGAGAGCGAGGACGAAAACAUUGACGACGACGAUGAUGAUAUGCCGGAGCGACCUGCGAUAGAUCUAUCCCGUCUCGAGGACAGCGAUAGCGAAGACAGUGGUGAUGAUGACGAACAAUUGGACGCCGAGAUCCAGGACGAGGACGAGGAUGAUAGCGAGGAAGCAGAAGAAGAUGAGGACGAUAUUCCUCUCUCCGACAUCGAGUCCCUCGCCUCUGAAGACAAAGGCGAUAUAAUGCCCCACCAGCGUCUCACGAUAAACAACACCGCCGCCCUCACCGCAGCCGUAAAACGCAUCGAGCUCCCAUAUUCGAAACUGCCCUUCUCAGAAUACAUGUCCGUAACCAGCGACGAGCCUAUUGAGAUCAACGACGUCGAUGACGAUCUCAAUCGCGAACUCGCUUUCUAUAAACAGUCGCUUGCAGCGGUGAACGAUGCGCGGUCGAAGCUGAAGAAGGAAGGUGUACCGUUUUCGCGGCCGGCAGAUUACUUCGCCGAGAUGGUUAAGAGCGAUGAACAUAUGGGGAAGAUUAAGCAGAAGCUGAUCGAUGAUGCGGCGGGGAAGAAGGCCGCAGCCGAGGCGCGGAAGCAGCGGGACCUGAAGAAAUUUGGGAAGCAGGUCCAGGUCGCCAAGGCGCAGGAGAGGGCGAAGGAGAAGAGGGAUACGUUGGAAAAGAUCAACCUUCUCAAGAGAAAACGGUCCGGCACCGCCCUCACGACUACCAAAGAAGAAGACCUUUUCGACGUCGAGCUCGACAGUGCCGCCAAAUCUUCAGAUCGCCGGAGAGGCGAGGUAAAACCGGGUGUAAAGCGCCAGAAAAAGAACGAGAAGUACGGCUUCGGCGGUAAGAAGCGGCAUGCGAAAAGCAACGACGCUAUUUCAAGCGCAGACGCCCGAGGCUACUCCGUGAAGAAGAUGAAGGGCGGCGGUGCAAGCAAGAGGCCGGGAAAGAAUCGGAGAGCGAAGAUGAAGUGAAGGGCGUGAGAUUUAUUCCGGUAUUCGUACUUAGUAUGCAACGGCGCCGUAGCGUUUGUCGAGAAUAGUCGAUAAAAGUACGGGUUUAUCUAGUUCAGGCAAGUUGCUCCUGAAACGGCUAGAAGAUACCAAAUUAAACAUCUAUCUUCAAGGGC